AGAGGACGUCGUAGACCCCGGAGCAGGAGCAGGUCCACAGACAACGCUUCCUCCAGACGAUACAGGUACAAAUUGAUAGGCGAAAAGACUCUUCAAUGUGUGGAAGUAGGCGACAAACUUGAAUGGCAUAAAUCACCUCCAUUUUGCCACCGAAUCCGAUGUUACGACCCUCCAACCAUUCUCUUUGGCUCACACAGUGGUCAACCUCAUGAAGAGUAUUUCUAUGGCUCAACAGUGACAUACACUUGUAAUGCAAAUUUCUCCCUUAUUGGAAGCCCGACUAGUACAUGUUCAGAUUCUCUAACUAGUACUGCUGGAGUGUGGCUCCCAGCUCCACCUAGAUGUAGAGCGAUCCGUUGCGACCGUGAACCUGAAAUACCAAAUGGAAGAGUGGUAAAAAAGCCUCAGCGUCCUUAUACAUAUGGAGUUCGUGUAACUUUUGUAUGUGAUCCAGGAUACGUUAUGGUGGGCCAAGACACUUGUACAUGUGGGCCUGACCAUGGAUGGAUUCCUCGUUUUCCAAAAUGUGUCAGGGGAGGAGGAGAAGCAGAUGAUGCAGGAGAAGAGGACGCCAUAGACCCCGGAGCAGGAGCAGGUCCACAGCCAACACUUCCUCCAGACGAUAUAGAAACUGACAACAUCCCAAUUAUUGUUGGAUGUAUCCUGGCUGUUUUAAUUGUGCUUGCUCUAGUUGCUGUAUUUUGGAAAUACCGAUCUUCUAUGAAAACCGGCUUCAGAACUUCCUCUGAAUUUUUAUUUCCAAGUGAUUGCACCCAUCCACAUGUAGCCAAUGCUACCCUAAGGAGCGGGGAUCCAAAAGACAGUUAUCCUGCUGGGACUGUUUUGCGCUACCGUUGCAUUGCAGGUUAUGAUCCUAUUCCUGGAGAGACUCUUUUUCUUACAUGUCUUGACACUUCAAAAUGGUCAAUAGAAAAUCCUAGGUUUUGUCAAGGACAGCUAUGUCCUCCUGUAAAUAUAGCGAAUGGCAGAGUAGUAAUACCAAGCGGAGGGCGGCUAGGUGAUGAAAUAACUCUAGGCUGUAUUCAGGGGUACAAAUUGGUAGGUGAAAGGACUCUUCGAUGUGUGGAAGUAGCUGGCAAACUUGAAUGGCAUAAACCACCUCCCAUUUGCCGUCGAAUCCGAUGUUACGACCCUCCAACCAUUCUCUUUGGCUCACACAGUGGUCGACCUCAUGAAGAGUAUUUCUAUGGCUCAACAGUGACAUACACUUGUAAUGCAAAUUUCUCCCUUAUUGGAAGCACGACUAGUACAUGUUCAGAUUCUCUAACUAGUACUUCUGGAGUGUGGCUCCCAGCUCCACCUAGAUGUAGAGUGAUCCGUUGCGACCGUGAACCUGAAAUACCAAAUGGAAGAGUGAUAAAAAAGCCUCAGCGUCCUUAUACAUAUGGAGUUCGUGUAACUUUUGUAUGUGAUCCAGGAUACGUUAUGGUGGGCCAAGACACUUGUACAUGUGGGCCUGACCAUGGAUGGAUUCCUCGUUUUCCAAAAUGUGUCAGGGGUCCAGGGACAGUACCUCCUGGAGACAAUACAGGACCGACACACAAUCCAGAGACGCCUGCUGGAGAUGACACAGAAUCUGAAUACACCACAGCAACUAUUAUUGGAUGUCUCACGGUUCUUAUGGUUGUGGUUGUUGUAGUUGCUGGAAUGUGGAAAAUAAGAUCUUACAUGAAAACUGGAGAAGCUGAAACUCUUUCUAGGUCUGGUCGAUUUGACAUGUCAGUAGCAAAAUCUGGAUUGGAACCUAAAGGUUACAAAAACCCUAGUCUUCUGCAGUAAAGCUGUGCUGCAGCAGCCUUUCAGUUGAUCAUUAAUUCCUAACAGUUCUAAUUUUUACAACUGGAAAUGAGAAUUGAGGGAAGGACUAUGUGGAAAGUCAAAGCAAUUUUCAUUAAAAACUGGCCAUCCAGGCUAUUCAGCUACUUGAAGCAUGAAGCAGUACUAGACCCCAACACAACUCUCAUCAUUUGCUCUUACUUUUGCGUAGAACUGGGUUCCAGUUUCCCUUGAAGAAUGUCUCUUUAAGUGCCUUAAUCAAAUACAGAGCCAAACAGAACUGAUUGUGUAUCUACGCUGGCAAGGUGUUUUACUAUUUCUUCAAACCUUGUAAAGAUGUAAUGGGUUCUGUGUAGGAAAUGUGAAAUGUUACCAUUUGUUUCCUAUAAUAUUGUUCAUCUCAUGAAAUGGAGGGGGUUAAGUGUAGCUGUUAAAAUUUACCAACCUUUUGACUUCCACAAGCCUUUCUCAUGCAGAAUUCUAAAAGCUGCCUUGAUUUCCUUACAGGAUUUUCAAAAGUGUAAACAACAGUAAUAUGUGCCUAAUAGAAAAUAUUCUUUUUAAAAAAUCAUCAUAGGCAAAGAAAAGUCCUGUGUACUUAGCCAAAAAAGCAAGGAAUACUUUUGAGACACCUUAAUUUCCAUAGGAAAAAGUUAAAUAAAAUAACUAUCCCAUUAAAAUCAAUUCGAGUUAAAACUGCAGUGCUUCAAAUGUACUGAAUUAAACUUGUUACAUUCAUGAAGGUAUUUUGUUUUUUACAGUGCUUUUAGAAUCUAAAUUGUGCAUCUUUAUUUAUAAUGAUUAAAUAUACAGAAGUAUACAGAAGAAAAGUUGUUUAUCUUGUUGUUGUUGUUUAGUCGUUUAGUCGUGUCCGACUCUUCGUGACCCCAUGUUUAUCUUAGAAUGUGUGCAAAUAAAGUGAAGUGUUGAAUAAAAGACACUAAGUAUUAUCACUAGCUUUUCUACUCCCAAUCUGAUUGUACAGUGUAGCUUGGGUUGAUACAGCUAUAAUCACAUAGCAGUUUCAAACUUCUCCUUUACAGCACCUAGCCAAGCAUUCUGUGUACUAUUCUAUCUUAUACAAAGCCUCAUGGGAUGCUUUUAUUGAAAUAUAUUUGGAAGCCAAAUGUGGCAUUAUGGUAACUGUAAAACAGGUUUUUAGUUUUCUUCCUCAGCUAGCCAUGGUGGUCUUGGGGUUGGUGCUUGUUCUCGGGGACUUUGAAGCUCCCCUGUAAGAACCAGAAAUUCCCAGUAAUUUCUGGUCCUACACAUGCAGCUGGGCACAUUCUGGACUAGGUUUUUUUGUGCUGGAUUGGAUGAUGGUGAUCUUAGAGUGGAUAGACUUUCUAUAGUUCCAUUUUAAUGGUCAGACCACUUCUUGAUGGAGUUUAGAAUUGCUGGAGCCUGGAGCCUCUGCAGAGGUGGGGGACCGACUAAGCUGGUCCGUCCCAGGUGGCUGAUGGCUCUUGAGGAGUUUCCUGUUGCCUUGGAAGGUGAUUCUGUUGAAGCACUGGUGGACUUUGGGAACAGAGAAAUAGCCAAGGUGGUGGACACGAUAGCUCACGAGUAUCUCACUGAGUGGAGCAAAACCCGCCCCCUGCUUCUCUAGAAACAUGUGAUGAUGAAACACAUGAGACAGCAACUAGAGCAGGCAUCCCCAAACUUCGGCCCUCCAGAUGUUUUGGACUACAGUUCCCAUCUUCCCUGACCACUGGUCCUGUUAGCUAGGGAUCAUGGGAGUUGUAGGCCAAAACAUCUGAAGGGCCGCAGUUUGGGGAUGCCUGAACUAGAGUGAUGAUGGCAGAAAACUCAGAAUGAGUCCAACCAAACAUAGGCUAGAGCCUAUUUGAAGAAUAGUGAGCACAGCAACGAUCUCUUUUUCUCUCUGCCUCCAUUGCAUCAGCAAGGAGCCAUCCAGUGGAGCUGUUUUGAGUGGUGGUCAGAUAUCUUUUGCACUCUGACCCAUGGGAGAAUUUAGAGUACUCAACAGCAACAGCCUGCUGCGAACUGUUUGCUCAGCUCUUCACUGACAAAAUCACUCAGAUCCGUUCUGACUUGGACACUAUAGUUGAUAUGCGUCGGGUGGAUGUAACUUUGGCCUCUGCUUGUCCAGUGUUAAUGAAUACUUUUCAAUUUGUACAGCCUUAGAAUGUGGGCAGGAUCCUUGGAAAUGUAAGAGCUACCACAGGUGUACUAGCAGAUCUUUCUGCCUCAUCAGAAAGACCAGUGGGGAACUUGCUGCUGAGUGGCUGAAGGGAAAUCAGUGCCGCCUUACAACAAGGCAAGGAUCCUGCAAGCCUAAGGAGACAGUUAACAUACCUCUAUUGAAAAGGCCCUCCUUGAACCCCAGCGUAUUGCAUGAUUAUUGGCCAGUUUCUAAUAUCCCUGGGUAUGAUGGCAUCUCAGCUCCAGGAAUUUCUGGAGUGGAUCGAGUAUUUAGAUCCAUUUCAAUCUGGUUACAGGCCUAGUUAUGGGACAAAUAUGGCUUUGGUCGCUUUGAUGAAUUACUUAUGCCGGGAACUGGACAGGAGUAGUAUGGCUCUAUUGGUUCUGCUGGACCUCUUGGCAGCUUUUGAUACCAUCAGCCAUGGUAUCCUUCUGGUCUGCCUCGCUGCGAUGGGACAAGGAGGCACUGUUUUUCACUGAUUCUGGUCCUUCCUGGAGGGGCAAACCCAGAAAGUGGUGGUGGAGAACUCGUUUGGCCUGCAGGGUUCCUCAGGAUUCUGUUCUGUCUCCCAUGAAAUGUAUCAUAUGCAUGAGGAUGAACAAAUGGAAACUUAAUCCAGACAAGACAGAUGUGCUCUUGGUCAGUUGGGAGGCAGAACAGGGAAUAGGGAUUCAGCCUGUGCUGGAUGGAAUGUAACACACUCCCUGAAUACACAGGUCCACAAUUUGGGUGUUCUCUUGCACCCAGCCUUGAUGGGUGCUCAGGUUCUUCAGUGGCUAGAAGUGCAUUUGCACAGUUAAAGCUAGUUUGCCAGCUGUGCCUGUUCCUUGAGAUGUUGAUUUGACACACCUUAGUUAUGUCCUGUUUGGCUUACUGUAAUGUGCUCCACAUGGGGCCUUGUCAAUGUUCUCUUGUGUAUACACACAGAGAAAUGAAUCUGACACUAAUGAAGCUGUGCUGAUCUGAACAGCUAGAGGGGAAAGAGCUGGGAAACACACUGGGAAGCGGGGGACAGACUGUGUUCUAAGGCAGUGAUGUGAACACACCCUGAGUUCACCCAACAGCCCAACCAAGGAUAUGAGGUUGAUGAUCUUGCGAUAGAUCAAUAUCAUUAUUGUUUUAUAUCUGUCUUCUGGGCUCUGUAUGCACAAAAUUGGUGUCUGAAGAAGUGUGCAUGCACACGAAAGCUUAAACCAAGAACAAACUUAGUUGGUCUCUAAGGUGCUACUGAACAAUUUAUUUAUUUAUAUUUAUUUAUUGCAGAGGUAUAGGUAAAGAAAAAAUAUAGCAUAUAAAGUGAAUCAUAUCAGCAAAUAAUAAUUUCAUAUUCAUAUAUCUAUUCAGGUACAGAAUAAGCUGUCUGCCACCUUACCCACCAUGACACUAUGGCAAUGUUACUAUGAAUAUUCAGUAGUAACAAAUACAUGUGCACAAGCAUGCAAAAGAUAAAAGCUGGAACAACCUAUUGAAUCAAUGGCUGCUUUGAUCAUGCACGUCCUUUUUAAACAUAUUUUUGUUAUAGUUGCAUUUGUUUUCAUUUGCCAUCUGUUUGACAUGCUUCUCUUCUGCUAAGCUACCCAAUCAUGAAGAAGUUCUGUACUUGGCAAGAGAGUUUUAAUGUGAGAUAAGCCGACUUUGCUACUAUCAAAUGACUCCAGGCAUAUUUGAGUCUAGAAUAUAAUGGCAUGCAUGUGACUAGCUGAGUUAAUGGCCCCUCCAGACGUCCUAUUCAUUACACAUUCCUGACGCUUUGUACUUAUUCUGCUUUCAAUACAAUAAAUAUUUAUUGCCUGUAGCAAAUACAAUAACAUACACAAUAAUAUACAUAAAUAUACUCUCCAGUGAAAAUAAAAUCAGAAUCAAAAUUGAAAUCAAUUAUAAACUUUCUCAAAUUAACGAGUUUCCUUUACAAACCAUUGAUGCUUGGUUCAAAAUUCUUGCUCAGAUUUUAUUCGCUGCAGGUGCAAACAAUGCAAUUUGAUAGACUAAUACAGUGUAUGUCAGGCACCCCCAAACUUCGGCCCUCCAGAUGUUUUGGAUUACAAUUCCCAUCUUCCCCGACCACUGGUCCUCUUAGCUAGGGAUCAUGGGAGUUGUAGCCACAACAUCUGGAGGGCAGCAGUUUGGGGAUACCUGGUGUAUGUGCUCACAUUCAUCAGAUAACAAUACUGUUUUAUCCUGCAAAAGUUUUGAAGUGGUCACACUGCUUCCUUCCCAAUCAGUGCAUCUCCCAUAGCUCCCUGCUGAAAUAUUUAUAAAUAUUUAUACCACAAAUGUACUGGUUUAUUUUCAUCCUGCCUUUGUUGUGCUAUAGCGCAUCUGGACAGCAACAACGGGAUAACACCGCAGAAGAAUCUAUUCUUUAAAAUCUUUUUUUAUUCGUUUUUUAGAUCUACAUCUGUCUGGGCGAUGGCUGGCUACCCCCGAGCAGCGACACUCCAAACCAUCUUGUCUUUAGUGCUUUUAUUGUGAAAGCUAUUUACAAUGCAAGAGCUUCAUGAAAACAUGUCUACUCAGUACUAUCAGAUUCUCCCAAUGGCGCUUUCUGGCUCCUCCCCCAGCAGAGUAGUUUGGGGACCCCAAAUCUCUUCCCCCUGCGUUUGCAAGCCGCUGAUCGCCUCAGUUCCGGGGUGAAUUUGAAAGGACGCCCCUCGGCUGUUUCCCCACUGGAACUCUCUGCUGACCCCUCCUUCCUUGCUGAUAUCACAGGCUACAGGUAGGGCUCUUGUAUGCUGUCUGAGCCCCAGUCCGCUCCUCUCACUUCCUCCUUCCUGUCUCCUAUCCUUCCGCUGUUGUCUGAGCCAUUAGGACAGCGUUUCUCAACCGCUUUUCCGCGGCACACUACUGUGCCGCGAGACACUGGCUGGUGUGCGGCGACGUGCGGCGACGAGAAGGGCGAUUUGCAGAACUACCGUACCUAUGUGCAGAGAACCUUAUCAGCAUGGCUGCGUUUGAGCGCGCCCUUCACAAGAUGGCGGCGAUUCCUGUCAUAACCCGCCUCCCUGCCCCGCCCGCACCACCACCACUCUCCACUCUCUCUUUUAUCUCUAUGGUUCCUCCUCGAGCGUCCCUUUGACUUAGUUGUCUAUGGUCUUCCGCACCCAAUCGAAAGCCGCCGAGCGCUCCCCCUCCCCUACUCACCAUCUCUGCAGCCGCAACCUCAGCCCAGACCCCCCAGAGAGGAAAAAGCAGCAGAACCCCCAGUAUCCCAACAUGCACCGCAACCUCGGGACGGCCCAGCCGGGUUCGACGGGAGGAGCGGAGCCACGUGGAAAUGAAACGAUGCAUUUUGUAACGCAUAAAAAUCGCACAGGGACUCCAUAGGUGCAAAGAGAAGAGCCUCUUUUGUCCAGCCAGCAUCCAAACUGUCACUCUGUCAGGGAGUGAGCGGCCUCUUCGGCGAGGAGCACGUGCUGGCAGAGAAAUCAGCAGCUUGUGAAGCCUUAUUACAGGAGAUUGCAACCAACACAGCAAUUGGCAAAUAGCAAUAUUGUCAACACAUAGGACUCAGCUACAUUCCUCACAAUAAUACAUUUUGAAUGCGCUAUAAACAUGCAACACUUGUUGUUUAGUCGUUUAGUCAUGUCCGACUCUUUGUGACCCCGUGGACUAGAGCACGCCAGGCACUCCUGUCUUG